GUCUUCAGCUUUAAUUUAGCACUCGAGGCAGACGAUACUGGUAAUUGAGAAAGAAUCGUUAAAAGUGGAAAUAUGUGAAAAGGAGUGUUACCACUGAAUUUUUUGUUCGUACCAGGCCUCCGUAAAGAAUAAGGGAGGUAAUCUAUACAUUUAAUCGUUGGAGAACAGCAAUGGCAGUUGACGAUGAAACAACUGUUAGGGUAGCAGUAAGAAUCAGACCACUUUUGGUGAGGGAACAACUAGAUUUAUGCCAAACAUGUACGACAUGUAUACCGGGCGAACCUCAAAUAAUUAUUGGAAAAGAUCGACCCUUUACAUUCGAUUUCCUCUUAGAUUCGGAUAGCCCUCAGUCAAAGGUUUAUGAUUUAUGUGGUAGCUCUCUAAUUGAAGGUGUUUUUGAUGGAUACAAUGCAACUAUUAUGGCCUAUGGUCAGACGGGGUCAGGAAAAACUUAUACAAUGGGUACGGCCUUUGACGUCAACACCGAUGAUGACUUACUCGGAAUUAUUCCCCGAGCGGUUAAUCACCUGUUUGAUGGGAUAGACAAAAGACGAAAAGAAGCUAGUGAAAAUGGAAAAACUCCGCCAAAAUUUACUGUUGAUGCCCAAUUUAUGGAGCUUUAUAAGGAACAAAUUUUUGAUUUGUUAGACACGACCAGAUGCGUAAUAGACAAAGAUAAAAAGUCUCAGGUUAAAAUACAUGAGGACGCCUCGGGUAAUAUUUAUACAGUGGGUGUUAGCAUGCACAGUGUCUCAAGUGUCGAUGAAACUAUUCGCUGCUUAAAAACAGGCGCAUUAAAUAGAGUUACAGCUAGUACCAAUAUGAACGCUCAAUCUUCCAGAUCACACGCCAUAUUUACGCUACAUAUCAGGCAAGAGAGAACCAUGACCAUUGAUGAUGUUGAGGAAAUGGAGACUCUUUCAGCCAAAUUUCAUUUUGUGGAUCUAGCAGGUUCAGAAAGAUUAAAUCGAACUGGCUCGACGGGUAAUCGGGCAGAAGAAGGCAUAUCUAUAAAUUGUGGGUUACUUGCUUUAGGUAAUGUCAUAUCAGCCCUGGGAGAUAAAACAAAAAGAGGUAGUCACGUACCUUACAGGGAUUCGAGAUUAACUCGGCUUUUACAAGACUCACUCGGGGGUAACAGUAGGACGGUGAUGAUUGCAUGCAUAUCACCUUGCGAUAGAGACUUUAUGGAAACCUUGAAUACUCUGCAAUACGCUAACAGGGCUCGAAAUAUAAAGAACAAGGUAGUCGUUAAUCAAGAUAAGAGUAGUCGCCAAAUUAUGGCAUUGCGCCAGCAAAUCUCUCAACUAACAACUGAAUUGAAUGAAUAUAAACUGGGCCAUAAGACCGUUGACGCCUAUGGUGUUGAAUCUAUAAACGAUAUGUUUAGUGAAAACACUAUGCUUCAAGAGGAAAAUAAUCGACUUCGUAUUAGAAUUAAGGCUCUACAAGUGACUAUUAACAAUUUAACCGACAGAAAUGCAGAAGUAAUUCUGGAAAGGGAUUUAGCUUUAACUGACUCGCAAGAAUCAAACGGUGAUGUUGGUAAAAAACUAUCUGAUUACAUUAAAGAAAAUGAGAAAAUGAGGCAGCAUUUAUUAGAAAAAGAUAAUUUAAUUAAAGAGCUUCAACAACCAUCUACAAGUAAAUUGCGUUCCUCCAAAGUAAUGACACCGAUUAAUGAUACAGAUACGCAGUCUCUUAUCGAAAUGGCGAAGAAAGAAGUUAAUCAAUUGAAAGGGGAAAUCAAAUAUAAAGAAAACAGAACGAAUAGCGGUUCAACCGAUGGAGAGGAGUUAGAAGAAAACUUAGAUAUUGAGGAUGAACUUUCUGAAGAGAUGGAAAGUGCCCUAAACGAAGACUUAGAUUCCAAUUCAGAUGACGAUUAUGAAGCAACUGAAGAGAGUAAAAUGAAUGAAGAACUUGCUGACCUGACUUCAGAAAUAUCUUUGAAACAGCAACUCAUUGACGAAUUAGAAUUAAAUCAGAAACGCCUUAAGGCGGUUAGGAGUCAGUAUGAAGCCAAGCUUAGUAAUUUGGAGCAAAAGAUCAAAGAAACCGAAAAAGAACGCGAUCAAGCUCUUAAUUCAAUUCCUGUUAAAGAGCAUAGAAAUAAUGAUGAAAAAGUUAAAACUGUUCGAGAAACUUAUGAAAAGAAGCUUAGAGAUCUACGAGGGAAAUUACAAUAUCUACAUAAAGAUGCUAAAGAACAUGCAAGAUUGUUAAGGAAGUCGAAAGAAGAUGAGAGGCAGCUUAUGGUUCUUAAUAGAGAUAUUUCUGAAAUGAAGAAAAUUAAGGUUCGAUUAAUCAAUCAAAUGAAGGAAAAUUCUGCCAAAUAUCGAGAGAAAGAUGUUAAAUACAAUCGACAGUUAGCUCAGCUGAAGAAAGAUCAAAGAUUGCAAGCGACCAAAAUUAAGAGUUUAGAAACAGAGAAGAGAAAGAAAGAUUUGAUACUUAAGAGGAAAACCGAAGAAGUAGAAGCCCUGCGUAAGCGGAAUCGAUCGUCUACACCUAGUAGCGUGAGAAGGAGUGAAAGCGGUGGUAAUAAAUCAAAAGCUAAAUCAGCGGACCGCGACAAGUUACUUAACAGAAAAUGGGUCAAGUUAGAGAACGCUAUCUCAUCUAUUACAUCCAAGAGGCGGACCAUGAUGCUUUUAGAGAAAGAUAUGGCAAUUUGGGUAAAACAACGUGGUAAACUAUCCAGAAAAUGUGAAAAGUUAAGAAAAGCCAAAAAUCUUACUAAUGAUUCUCAAGAGCAAAUCCAAAUUGAUGAACAAAUUCAAAAUAAUCAAUUGGAUAUUGAACAUAUUCAUGAGAAAAUAAAAGAUAUUCAGUCACAAAUGGUAGAUAUAAACUCAGAAGAAACUGAAUUUGAGCCCAAAACCCUAGUCUCCACAUGUAAUGAGCAAGAAGCUCAAUACUUACUAGAGCAUUGCGUCAAUAUGGCAAUGUCUAACGGCGUUUUAGCCGCUCAAAAAGAUGCUGAAAGUAAACAAAUGGAAAUUCUGCUGGAUCACGUAAAGAGCCAAGCAUUGGCAAGAAACGAGAUGCUGCAAUUUUUAAUGAAAGAUCAUGUCAAAGCGACUGAUAUGUAUAAGAUACAGUUAGCUGAUGUUUUGGAAGAUUCGGAUUCAGAGAGCGAAAGCGAAGGAAGCUCUUCAACUGCUGCAAAUGGAAAUAUCACAACUCACGAAAAAGGUGGGAUACCAAAGACACCAAGUGCGGGUGGUUUGGUUAGCCCUCCAUCUCCAAUCAGUUCGUCUGAUUCCGUAGGGUCAAAAUCAGCUACAACUAAGAACUUGAAAGCACGAAGGAAGAUGGCCACACCAAGUGAUUUACUUUUUCCUAGUAAGACUAAAGAAAAUGGGAAAAUAGAUGAGGGGAAAUCAGACUCAGAAGCUCAACAGAAAUCGACCAUACCCGUUCGAAUGACCAAAUCCGCGGACGCUGACAUGAUGAAAGCAACACUAGUCCCUUCUCCCACGAGUAGGCGAAUGAGCGAUGAAAAUAAAUCUUCAACCUCGACAAAUGUUUUCCAGAGAUUAGCAACCAUGCCAGAAAUGCCUGAUCCAAAAGAAGGUGUCAUGGAAGUUGCAUCGUCCGGAAGAUCUUUAAUAUCUAGUCCUUUACACCACGUUUGUACAGCAAGAGGUCACUCUCGUCCUGUUCUAUCCAUAUGCUCAACAGACAGUAUCCUUAUAUCAGGAUCGAAGGAUAGAACAGCUAAAAUAUGGGACCUCGAAACCGGAAAUGAAUUGUUAACGUUACGUAAUCAUCCAAAUAGCGUGACCGAUGUCAGAUAUAGUGAACAAACUCAUUUGGCAUAUACUGUUUCAACAUACCUCGUGAAUGUUUACGAUGCUCGUAUGAGUGGAGAUCGACCUAUAAAAACACUGUUUUCUAGUGGAUUAAUUCCAGACGAUGAUGUUGAAGUUCCCCAGUCCUCUCAUUUAGUCACAUGUCCACAAGGGGAGACGCAUAUUAAUGCACUGAUGGUCAACUCAAAUGGAUUGAUGCUAUUGACAGCGGCCGGAAAUUCUAUUCGCUUGUGGGAUGCUCGCGAGUGGAAGCCUGUAGGAAAGUUAAUUGGAGGUCACCAAGCGGCCGUUAUGGUCCUUGCCCUUGAUGAUACCGAUACAGCCGAUGGCAGUAUUUGUAUUGUAUCAGGUUCUAAGGAUCAUUAUAUAAAAGUUUUCGAAUUGGAUGAAGAUUCCGUGGGCGUUGUCCAAGCAAAGGCAACCCUGGAACCACCACAUUACGAUGGCGUUCAGUCUUUGUGCGUCAAGGGCGAUUUACUCUUCUCUGGUAGUCGAGAUACUUGCAUCAAAAUGUGGGAUUUAGCCGAACGUAAACUGAUUCAUUCAAUCAAUAAUGCCCACAAGGAUUGGGUUAUCGGAGUUGACCUAUUACAGACGGCGAAUAUCUUAAUAAGCGCCAGUCGAUCUGGGGUUAUUAAGUUGUGGGAUAUUGAUAAAUGCAAGUCAAUCGGUCAAGUUAACGCCCAUGCAAAUAAUGCAAAUGCGCUGUCGACCAAUUCCCAGCUAGUCUUCACUGCUUCCAAUGAUUUAACCGUGAAAAUGUGGAAGAUUCGCGACGAUUUAGUUUGUUAA